AUCGGGAUCGGCAUUCACACAAAAGCAUGUUUCACAACAGACGUUUGGUUUGACAUUGUCAACUUACUUGAGGUGUUUUUGAAGAUUUGUAUUGUUUUUAAUUGACUAAAAGAACUAGUGGUAAUUUUAAAUAUGGGUGGCACACAAUCUACAGAGAAACCUCAGCAAGCCACUUCAGUGAACAACUUACAAACCAUCAACACAAACCAGAAUUAUCCUAGCGAGUGUCCGAUGCAUCAACAAUCUCAGCCACCUCAGAAGAGCUACCCAAGCGAAUGUCCAAUGCAUCAGAAAACUCAACAGUCUUAUCCCAGUGGGUGUCCUAUGCACCAGGGAUCAAAUGCCACAAACAGUGAUGAAAUAGACCCAAGGAACAUGAUGCCUCCACCAAACCAAAGACCGUCCCCUGAUCAGCCGUUCCCCCUGUCUACUGACAGAGUGGUGUCCAACAUCCCUAAGGCAGACAGUGAGGAGAAUUGGGUUUACCCCUCCCCACAGAUGUUCUGGAAUGCCAUGCUUAGAAAAGGCUGGCGCUGGAAGGAGGGAGACAUUAGUGAUAAAGACAUGAACAACAUCAUCAGUAUCCACAACGCUAACAAUGAACAGGCCUGGAAAGAGGUCCUCAAAUGGGAGGCACUCCAUGCCAGGGAAUGUUCAGAGCCCAGAUUAAAGCGAUUUGGAGGAAAAGCUAAAGACUACUCUCCUAGAGCCAAAAUACGACACUGGCUGGGGUAUCCUCUCCCCUUUGACCGCCAUGACUGGAUCGUAGACCGCUGUGGACGUGAGGUCCGUUACAUAAUAGAUUACUAUGAUGGGGGAGAUGUGGAUAAAUCAACUUAUGAAUUUACAGCAAUGGACGUGAGACCCGCUUUCGAUUCAUUUACGGCAGUUAAAGAUCGCUCCAAGGUCGCAAUGAUGAGAUGGAGCUUGGAACUGAAGGACAAACUCUCGUUUGGUUCUAAAUCCAGUGAUGCCGAGCCAACCAAAACGUGACAGAAAAUAAUUCUGAUCCAUCAAACAGUGUUUAAAUCAUUACACAAAGAUUUGUGUGCAGAAGCUAAUGUGAUAAAUAAGUCAGCAAGGUGGAAGAUUUACCAACAAGGAAGAUCUGAGAGUGUUUAUUUUGUGUCAGAAGAAAGUUGUGGUUUUUGCCAAACAAUCUGAGUGUAAUGUAGAGGGUUGAAAGAUAUUUAUUUUGUUCAUCAAAUCAUAUAAUAUUUAUCAUAAGAUGCCAGCACUUCUGGUGGAAAACAAGCUGUAAAGCAGUGUUUGAAUGUUUGGAUUGCAUGUUUUCUUGUGUUAUCAGUUUACUAUAAUGUAUCAUACAUUUUUUUCUGCUAAUUAUUAGGAAUCAUCCCAUGUUUGUCCCUUUAUAAUUUUCACUUUGAUAUCACUCAUUGGAUUUUGUUUUCCAUAUACAGCAGUUGUGACAUCACAAAGGGGGAUGAAGAUAAUAAUAUAAAGUGGAUUUUUCUAUAAAAACAGUGUAAAACAUUGACAGUGAUGUAUUAAACAUGGGAUAAAAAGAAUCUCCCAUAAUGUGUGGUUGGAUACAUGUAUUAUUAUUAUCAAAAUUGUGUAUUUUCAUCUCCUUGCCAAGGUUUGGGGAUAAAAAAAGCUUACAAUUUGCUGGAUAAAAACCCUACCCAACCACAAAUUAUGAGAGAUCCUAUAUUUAUUAUGGUUAGGAUUCUCUGGAAGUCUGAACUUCCUACAUGUUAAUCCUCUUUAAGAGGUCCAUCACAUUGUUUGUUUAUUUCAACAAAUAUCUUUAAAAAUGUACAUAUAAAAUAAGAAUAAAUGAAGUAAAUUGUA